AUGCCUCCUAGACGUGAGAAUCCUAGGCGCGAUAACGUUAACAUUGGUGUAGCUGAGUUAGCUCAGUUGAUAGCUCAAGCAGUGACUCAGGCUUUGCAACAAGCUAGGCAAAAUCAGGGAAACCCAGGAAAUAAUGAGGAGCAACAAAAUCAGCCUGAUGCACUAGCUUGGUUCGAUAGGUUUGUUAAGCAGAAACCGGAUUCUUUUCAUUCAGCACCACAGCCUAUUGAUGCUGAAAAUUGGAUUGUUCAUCUUGAGAAGAUUUUUGAUGCAUUGGGAUGUGAUGACGCUACAAAGGUGAGGUUGGCUGUGUAUAAGUUAGAGGGGGAUGCUCAGAGGUGGUGGAGAGGAGUGAAGACUAUCAGGGGUGAUGCAUUUUUUGAGGCAUUGACUUGGCAGGGGUUCACAGAUUUGUUUUAUGAGCAGUACUUCUCAAAGGCAGAGAAGGAUGGUUAUAUGAGAGAGUUUAAUUCUAUUGAGCAGAAGCAUGAUGAGAGUAUCACUGAGUAUCUUGCGAGAUUUAUCAGGUUGGCGGGAUUUGCUGGGACUUCUGCAGGGACUGCAGCACAGCAGGCAGAAAAAUUUAAAUGGGGGCUGAAGUCGUCUCUUAGGAUGUCUAUCAUUUCUUCCAGAUUUUGGAAUGUAGCAGAGGUGGCUGAUGCAGCCAAGGAUGUUGAGAAGGAGCGUAUAGACUUCCGGACUAACAGAUCUGACAGUGGUCGUAAGAGGGGUAGAGAUGAUCGGCUAGUCACAGCACAGGGUAGACAGGGGUAUGGUGGUCAGAACAGUCGGUAUGGACAGUGGCGUGGACAGAACCAGAAUAGGGGAGGUCAUACAGCUCAUGGUCAGAGGCAGAAUCAGUAUAGUGGUUAG